GACAUUACGGCAUGAUGACUCCUUCAUCGCUGCUGAUAUUCCUCAUUAGUGUAGUACUGCCCUCGGAAGCGAUUCACCCUAUCGACUACCCGGAUGACUGGAAGGAUUGCUUGAGAGAAAUUGGCUCGGAAAUACCAGUGAAAAAGGAAGACGGGGCGGUGACUGUAAGCACCUGUCUUGAUCAGUUCUUGUUCAGGCACAGUUUUCAGGCAUGGCAUUCCGAACCAACUCCGGAAUACGAGUCUUUCAAAAAUGAGUUCUGUGCUCCUAGGUCGUACGAAGAGGAGCCUAUUCGAGUACGAAAGGAGUACAGAAGUUUGACGAAGGACGAAAGGAAGAGGUUUCACCAAGCUUUAAAUAAACUGAGAGACAAUGGAACUUACGCAAAUAUAGUCAGUUACCAUGCCGACUCAAGCGCAAUACCUGUAGCUCAUGGCGGACCUGGAUUCACACCAUGGCAUAGAAUAUAUCUCUUGAGACUUGAAGAUGAACUUCGCAAAUAUGAACCUGACCUAGCUUUUCCGUAUUGGGAUUGUCGAAUUGAAGCCGAUUUGUAUGAAGAAGGGUUAAGCCCACACUGGUCGAAACUUUGGAACAAUCAGUUUGUUGGGUACGGAGCAGAUAUUGUGACAAAAGGACCAUUCAAAGACUGGGGACUAAGACGUCGAUUAGGAGAUGGAGAGCUACCGAACAGGGAACGGGUAGAAAGGCUGUUCAAUGCUACAGGUCCGGAAAUGACGUCACCAUCGUACUGGGAUUCACCACUUGGGUAUCUUGAAAUUUUGCACAACUGGAUACACAUCUGGGUGGGCGGUAACUUGGCCAGUAUUCGCUUUGCUCCAGAAGAUCCGCUAUUUUUCCUUCUGCACUGUUUUGUAGACUACCUUUGGGAAGAAAUACGCGUUUAUUAUGAGGUAAAUCAUCACCUUAAUCCAGAGGAGAAUUUUCCGGACAUCUCCAAUUUUCCGCCUGAAAUCCAAGCCUUACACCAUCCUGAUGGCAAUUUACCAGGGUUUGAUAAUCUAACAAUACGAGAUGGCUAUUCAAAGAUUUGGACAAGGGAUGUCUACCAUUAUGAACAAAGCCCAGCUGAAAAGGAUUGCUCAGAGUGCAGCGAUAAUGACGUACGUAGAAAAUGCAUAGACAUAUGCGGAAAAAAUUUGAAGUGCAAAAAUGGAAAAUGCGUUGCAAAAUUGUUGGUUCCUACGUUCUUUGAUGACUUUUCACAAGAAUUCCAACCGCCAACAUCCAGAGUUCGCAGACAGGCUGAUGGGGAACCUGACUGUUCUAAUGGGGUUUGUGACUAUGCCGAACCUGCUAUUCAAAACGACUUCAUGUGUAACGGAGAGGACGACACGAAUCUCUUCAAGUGGGUUGCUAUAAAGCUGCUACACAGACGACCUAAACAUCAAAAGUUCAACACCUAUGCUGUGCAUGAAGGCCACAUUGACACGUCAUAUGAUCUAUUUGACCCCAUCCAGUUUCAUGAUCUUGAGCAGGAGAUGCACACUGGCGACCCGGGAACAUACGACCACUGCGACAUGCAGUCCGUCGAAUCGUACGCUGUUGUUCGCUCAGACAGUUUGUCUAAGGUCAGUACGCCACAAUUUGAAACAUGUCCAUUUUCUGGAAAAUACGCUUUUGAUACAGAAUAUGCAUAUAUAGCGGUGGCAAACCCAGAUUUUGGUCCAGUUAACGUUUCCUUCAUUGCAUAUGACCAGUGUGGCCGUUUGUGUACGCCAUAUUGUCGACAGGCAGACGACAAGUUUGCGCGCUGUACCGGACUAUUCCAUCUGGACGGCACAUACGACGGAUAUGGAGCUAAUCCAUCCGAAGUCAUGUUUAAGCAACUGCACGAAAAGGACGGCUUGCCAGAGUUAAAGGACGACAACAUCUUCCUUGUAUUUGAUUGUGACGCGUCCACAGAAUAUUUCUUUGAACAUUUUCUCUAGUGUUCCUUCCAGAUAACUAAC